AACAAAACAUUAACAUUCAGGCGGAACUAACAGUGGGUAGGUCUUAUAUAUGGUGGGAACACUUAUUGGGAACACCGGAAUCGCGCUCUCGCGGAGAUAGGUGCCGAUCAUGCCUAAGUUUUACUGUGAUUAUUGUGAUACCUACCUUACACAUGAUUCGCCUUCAGUGAGGAAGACUCACUGCAGUGGCCGAAAACACAAAGAAAAUGUGAAAGACUACUACCAGAAAUGGAUGGAGGAGCAGGCACAGAGCCUGAUCGAUAAAACAACGGCUGCCUUUCAACAGGGAAAGAUUCCUCCCACGCCGUUCCCUGGUGGCCCUCCCCCAGGUGGUCCUCCUCGCCCAGGCAUGCUACCAACACCCCCUAUGGGAGGUCCCCCUAUGAUGCCCAUGAUGGGGCCUCCACCACACGGAAUGAUGCCCGGUGGACCUGGAGGCAUGAGGCCGCCAAUGGGAGGACCCAUGCAGAUGAUGCCAGGACCACCACACAUGAUGCGUCAUCCUCGACCGAUGAUGAUGCCUGUCAGGCCGGGCAUGAUGCGACCAGACAGAUAAGAGCGAGUGGGUUUUCUCCGUUCUUUGUUGCCAUGAACAGACACUGUCUAGUGAGGACACUUGGUUUAACACUUGGAUUUAUCAGUGCAACUUUUUAGAUUCUCAAAUGUCCAGUCUCUUCAACCUUGAAGUCCCUGAUGUAAUUAUUUCAUUUAAUUCAUCAUUCAUUGUCAUUUAAUUACUUUAUUUUCUGCUUUAAUCAUAGAAAGUAGUACGUUUUUUACUACUCAUUUGCAUCAGAAUUCAUUUCAAAUCCCUGUUUUAAAGUUGUUUGUUUUUUUAAAUUAAAUGUCCUCUCUCGUGUUGGUGUCAAGAUUGAAAUAUCCUUUCUUACUUUGACAAACUGUUCAGCACGCACAAGACCGUGUUUGAUUUGACAAUAUUUGUUACAAUAAUUUUGCUUUGUUUUAGGUUUUACAUGUUUUGUUGUAUUUCAUUGCAUUGCUUUGAUAAAUAAAACAGUGAUUUCAAACCUG